AUGAAGACGUUGUUAGGUUCCCAAGAUAUAUUAGACCUUGUUGAGGAUGGAUACAUAGAGCCCGCCAAUGCAGCUGCAGAAGCAGUCUUAUCAGAUGCUCAAAGAAAGAUGCUUAAAGAUUCACGUAAGAAGGACAAAAAAGCUCUUUUCUUAAUUUUUCAAGGUGUUGAUGAAUCAACCUUUGAGAAAAUAUCAGAUGCAAAAUCAUCCAAGGAAGCAUGGGAGAUUUUACAGAAGUCUUGCCAGGGAGUUGACAAAGCUAAAAAGGUACGACUCCAAUCACUAAGAGCUGAGUUUGAAAACUUAAAAAUGCAGAAUGCAGAGCCAGUUACAGAUUAUUCCACACGAGAGCAAAAGGUGGCGAAAGAGAUGAAAAGAAAUGGAGAUACUUUAGAUGAUGUCAGAGUAAUGGAGAAAAUUCUACGGUCACUAACAAGAAAGUUUGAUUAUAUAGUCACUGCCAUUGAAGAAGCCAAAGACUUGUCAGUUAUAUCUAUUGACGAGCUUGUGGGUUCUCUUCAAGCUCACGAGCAAAGAAUGAAUCUUAAUGAAGGUUCUAGCAAAUUGGAGCAAGCUUUGCAAAACAAGUUAUCCCUUGAUGUAAAUCAAGCCAGUAGCAGUAGCUAUGGACGUGGCAGAGGAAAUCAUGGUGGAUAUAGAAGAGGUUUCAACACCCGAGAUGGAUUCAACACUCGAGGCGGUCGUGGCAUACGCGGUGGAUAUAGUCAAACAAAUAGAAGAUUUCAGACUGAUGUUGUAGCAAAUGGACAUGAUCAAGGAAGAUAUAAUAAUCGUGGUCAAGAUCGUGGUUUCGUGACCCGAGGAGGAGGAAGAUUUCAACAAAGAGGUGAUAAAUCUCACUUGCAGUGUUAUAAUUGUAACAGAUAUGGUCAUCUCAGCUAUGAGUGUAGAGAUGCUGCUAAAGUUGCGGAGAGAAGUCAUUAUACAGCAACUGAAGAGAAAGAUGAUGAAUCGACCAUGUUGUUCACUUACAAAGGCGAGGAAGAUAGUGGGAAAGAUGUUUGGUACCUUGAUACUGGAGCUAGUAAUCACAUGUGUGGCAAAAAGGAGUUAUUCACAGAACUGAAUGAGGAAGUCCAAGGAGAAGUUACGUUUGGCGAUCUAUCAAAGAUUCCAGUUAAAGGCAAAGGUAAGAUUAUGAUAUUCACAAAGAAUGGAGAUAGAAAAUCCAUUUCAGAUGUCUAUUAUAUACCAUCUUUGAAAAUCAAACUCCUCAGUCUUGGUCAGCUUUUAGAAAAAGGAUAUGAUAUUCAUUUGAAGAAUAAUUCUCUCAUUAUGAGAAAUCAUAAAGGAGAAUUGAUUGGAAAAGUUGAUAUGACAAGAAAUCGUCUAUUCAAGCUAAACAUCCAGACAAGUGCAAUAAAGUGCAUGAAGACAAUCAAAGAAGAUAGUUCGAGGUUAUGGCAUCUUAGAUUUGGUCAUCUUGGAUUCACUGGCCUGAAGCUGCUAUCAAAAGCAAAGAUGGUAAAUGGAUUACCAAUGAUAAAUCAACCUGAUCAGCUGCGUGAAGCAUGCAUGAGAGGAAAGCAACAUAGACAAAGCUUUGAAGUUGGCAAAUCAUGGAGAGCAAAAAGACCACUGCAUCUAGUUCACUCAGAUAUAGCUGGUCCAUUUGAUAUUCCAUCUCUUGGAGGAAACAAGUAUUAUAUUACUUUUAUUGAUGAUUUCAGUAGAAAAGCUUGGGUAUAUAUUCUUAAAGAAAAAUCAGAAGCUCUUGAAAAGUUCAAAGAAUUCAAAGCAAUGACAGAAAAACAAAGUGGUCAGUAUCUGAAGACACUCAGAAUAGAUAGAGGGGGUGAAUACACUUCCAAAUUAUUUGAAGAAUUUUGUAGGCAACAUGGAAUAAUUCAUCAAUUGACAGCAGCCUACACACCACAACAGAAUGAGCAAACAGUUGAAGCAGGCAAUGAUCAGACACCUCCACCAAGUCCUAAUCCAACAACUCCUGCAUCUACACCCUCAACCUCAGGAAGCAGUAGCAGUAGCAACAAUUCAGGGGGAGCAGCAGCGAAGAUGAGAAGCUUAAGUGAUAUCUAUGACGCUACAGAUCCGGUACAAACUACCCUUGAUUACUCAUUAUUUUGUUUAAUAGCUGAAUGUGAUCCAGUGACAUAUGAGGAAGCUGUAGAAAAUGAAAAGUGGAAGAAAGCAAUGAAUGAUGAAAUUGAUGCAAGAAAUAACACGUGGGAGCUUACAACUACGCCUAAGAAACAUAAGCCCAUCGGAGUAAAGUAG